UCCUGCGGUAUACCUAAUUCAGCAGUACCAGAAAUCAGAAGAGAUGUCUCGUACUGUUUCCCCGUGUGCCGCUUGCAAGGUUCAGCGAAGAAAAUGUGGAGAUAAAUGCCUCCUCGCUCCUUAUUUCCCACCAAACGAUCCUCAAAAAUUCUUCGUAGUACACAAAUUAUAUGGAGCAAGCAAUAUUGCCAAAAUCCUUCGGGAUAUUCCGGCUGAAAAGAGAGCAGAUACUGUAACAAGUCUGGUAUACGAGGCAAGUGUGAGAGUGAAUGAUCCAAUCUACGGCUGCACUGGUGCCAUUUGUCGAUUGCAGAAGCAAGUAUUGCAUCUCCAAUCACAACUAGAAACCACUAAGGCAGAGCUCCUGAAUGUACAGGCUAAUCUUGCGUCUUUUGUCACCGGGUUUUGUAAUUCCGGUGAAACAGCAACUAGAAUGGAUUUGGUACAUCAAAACGAUCCAUUGAGUAAUAACGAAGUAAUAGUUUCACAAUACGACGAGGACCCAUUUGGAUUAUGGGCGCCACUGUGAAACUGUUAGGGUUAUCUGUAGCCAUGCCCACUUUUAGGGUUAUAUAGCUUACCAGUCAUUCUUUAAUCUGGGAUCAUAUAUUUUUAGUCAUAUUUAUAGUCCAUACAAAGAAAUGGUGGUGAAUAUAUUUACAUUUGU